AGAAAUAGGACCUUCGUUUAGUAAGCCUCUCGUUAUAAAUCAUACUGCAUCUACAGUGGUCAACAAACUUCACAAGCAACCAUGAAGUGGACUUUGGCAGCUCUCGCUCUUCUGGGGUCGGCCUCCGCCAAUCCUCUCAUCUCUCCCCGCGAUGAUAGCUGUGCUUCAUCGUAUAAUGGCCAGUUCGAAGUCACAAUUGCCAAGGUCAACAAGCGGGAUAUUCAGAAACGAUCCUGUGAUAACGCUGACGCCCUGCUACUGACACUUGAGGGUGGAAUUCUCAAAGAUGCCAAGGGUCGUACCGGCUAUAUCGCAUCCAACUACCAGUUCCAGUUCGAUAACCCGCCCCAGGCCGGGACUAUCGUCGCCAGCGGCUUCGCUGUCUGCCAGGAUGGUUCAUUGGCCCUGCAAGGAAAGACUACCUGGUAUCAAUGCCAAUCUGGAAACUUCUACAACUUGUACGACCGCAAGUGGGCACCGCAUUGCCAGGCCGUCGAGAUCACUAUAAUCCCUUGCAGUGGCGGUAGCUCUGGCGGUAGCUCCGGUGGAAGCGGCGGCAGCGGUAGCAACAACAACGGCAAUGGAGGCAGCGGUGGCAGUGGAGGAGAGACCACUGUUGGCACCAAGGUUGUCCAGACCACCAUUGUCACAGCCAUUUCUGAUGGCCAGCCGCAAGUCCACACUACCACUGUUGCCAUCCCCAUCUGCCAGAUCGGUGACGGACAGGUCCAAGGCCACACGACUCCAUGCGGCGGCGGCGGAGGUAAAUCCCCUGUCACUCAAAUCAGUGAUGGACAACCUCAGGUGCCUCCAGUUACCCAGGUCAGCGACGGUCAGCCCCAAGCUCCUCCUGUCACUCAGAUCAGCGAUGGACAACCUCAAGCCCCAACAGGAUCUGCCAAACAGCCAGUUACCCAGAUCAGUGAUGGACAGCCUCAAGCUCCUCCUGCUGUCACCCAGAUCAGUGAUGGACAACCCCAGGCUCCUCCUGUCACUCAAAUCAGCGAUGGUCAGCCUCAGGCCCCAACUCAAUCUGCCAAACAGCCUCAACCCCCUGCCGUCACCCAGAUCAGCGAUGGCCAGCCUCAAGCUCCUCCCGUUACUCAAAUCAGUGACGGCCAGCCUCAAGCUCCUCCCGUUACUCAAAUCAGUGACGGACAACCCCAGGCUCCUCCCGUCACUCAGAUCAGCGACGGUCAGCCUCAGGCCCCAACACAAUCUGCCAAGCAGCCAGAAUCUCCUCCUGUCACUCAGAUUUCCGAUGGCCAGCCCCAGGCACCCGUCGGAACUGGUACUGCUGCUCCUCCUCCCCCCGCUACUACUACCCAACCUCCCAUCAGCGGCGGCGCCAGAGUUCUCCCUGGUCUCUCAAUUGCCCUCGCCAUCGCCUUGGUUGGUGUCGUUGCUUUGUAGGCGCUGUGGAUGCUGUAAAGGACAAUAAGUCAAGU